GCGUCCUUGACAUUUGGCUGAACUCCGCAUGUAAAAUAUUAGUCUGUUGCAAAUUUCUUUGUAGAUCUAGCUAUUGACAGUACCCCUUUCCAUCUGAGUGCAGAUCUCCAGUAAUACAAGUGGAAGGAGGACAUCAGCCCAGCUAAUCUGAAGAAGUCCUGAACCUUGAUGGAUCUCAGCAAAUAUCAGAGCAUUGAUGGUAAACCAACAGAACUGCAUCUGGGACAUGUUAGAAAGUCUGGCAAACAGGAGCCAUACAAAUCACAAGAAAAUGAUGAUCAAAUUGGUGAUGAACAUCCACGCCGCCUUAUUCCUGAACUUUGCAGACUGUUUUAUAAACUCGGCUGGCUUACAGGCACGGGUGGAGGUGUAACUAUAAAAUUAGGAAAGGAAAUUUAUAUUGCUCCAUCUGGUGUACAGAAAGAAAGAAUUCAGCCAGAAGAUUUGUUCAUACAGACCCUAGAUAACGAGGACAUCUCAGGCCCCCCGGAAGCCAAGAAGUUAAAGAAGAGCCAGUGUACACCUCUCUUUAUGAAUGCCUACACCAUGAGAAAUGCAGGGGCAGUAAUCCAUAGUCACUCAAAAUCUGCUGUCAUGGUAACACUAGUGUUUCCUGGCACAGAGUUCAGAAUUUCACAUCUGGAGAUGAUUAAAGGUAUCAGGAAGGAUUCUAAAGGUGUCAAUUAUACUUUCAAUGAAGAAAUUGUUGUUCCUAUUAUUGAAAAUACACCUGAGGAAAAAGACCUUACCGACGCCAUGGCGAAGGCUAUGAAUGACUAUCCAGAUACAUGUGCAGUGUUGGUAAGAAGACACGGAUUCUAUGUUUGGGGAGAAAACUGGCAAAAAGCCAAAUCUAUGUGUGAGUGUUAUGACUAUCUUUUCGACAUGGCAGUCCAGAUGAAACAGCUGGGGAUGAGCACAACUGGUCUUCCGGAGCCACCAAAGGGUGCUUACGUUUCACACGUUUGAAAAUCCUAGGUUUCGGCGUGUAAAUAAAAUAAAAAACUGUUUGACAACUCUUUACAUUUUACAGAUAAUCCUUUUAGGAUUGAGAACUAUUUUUUAUGUUCCCAUAUCCAUUUAAGUUUCAUUUGCUAAGACUUCACCUCUGGAGGCAGCUUAAUUAAUACUAUUAAGGAGAUUUGAUCAAAUACCGGGAGACUCUCGCGGAAUCCGGGAGGGUUGACAGGUCUGAUUAAUAGUACCCGGUAUUCAACUACCGUAUUUGACCGGAAAUAAGACCAUGUCUUUGAAUAAGCCCCCCUCCGUUUUGAUAGCAUUUAAGAAAUUAGGCCCUGAUUCGUAAAUAAGCCCACCCCCAACUUCGUCACCUUAUAAAUAAC